UUAUGGGAAAACAUGGAUCUUGCCGCCAAUGAACUCAGCAUUUAUGACAAACUUGCAGAGACCAUUGAUUUGGUGAGACAGACAGGCCAUCAGUGUGGCAUGUCAGAGAAGGCGAUUGAAAAAUUUAUCAGACAACUGCUGGAAAAGAAUGAACCCCAGAGGGGACCACCCCAGUAUCCUUUCCUUAUAGCUCUAUAUAAGGUCCUUGUGACCCUGGGGUUAAUCUUGCUCACUGCCUACUUUGUGAUUCAACCUUUCAGCCCAUUACCACCUGAACCAGUGCUUUCAGGAGCUCACACUUGGCGCUCACUCAUCCAUCACAUCCGGCUGAUGUCCUUGCCCAUUACCAAGAAGUAUAUGCCAGAAAAUAAGGAAGUUCUUCCACACAGGAGUGAUGAGGACAGGCCCUUUCCAGACUUUGAUCUCUGGUCGAUAAAGAGCUGUAAGCAGAAUGAGUCCGACUCCAUCCCAGCCAACUGUACUGGCUGUGCGCAGAAAUUACCACUUAGGGUACUGCUGCUGGGCGAUACCCCUGAGAAAUUUGAGGGACUCCAUCCACUGGUGAUCAAGACCGAGCAGCCCCUAUUGUCUGAGAAGCUCCUGCAUUUUUUGUGUCGAUUCCCUGAGGUGGGAGAAGGCUUCAAUGAAGGACUUUUCACCAAGUGGUGGCGCUGCUUUCCUGACCAGUGGUUCCCAUUUCCUUAUCCAUGGAGAAGACCUCCAAAUGGGACACAACUUCUACAUGAGCUUUUUCCUGCUUUCACUCACCUGCCCUUCCCAAGAGAUUCCUCUUUGAACACAUGCUUCCUUCUUCACCCAGAACCUGUCGUGGGGAGUAAGAUACACAUAAAGCAUGACCUGUUUGCCCUUGGCAGUGGGGAGGCCAUGCUGCAGCUCAUCCCUCCCGUGCAGUGCCAGAGACACUGCCAGUCUGUGGUGAUACAGCUCCAGCCUGGGGAUAUCGGCUAUGUCUCUACUACUCACUGGAACGUCUACAUUAUAGCCAGAGGGGCGCAGCCUGUGGUCAUCUGCGAUGGAGCCACCCUCUCAGAGCCAUAG